GGGAGGUUUGCGUAAUUAACUCCCUAUAAAUAUCCCUCCAAAUACGAUGCUGUUGGAACAUAUCCAAUCCUAGGCUUCAUCAAUGGCAUCAAAGUCUCAUCUUUGUCUCUUGGCAUGCACUCUCCUCUUCAUCCUCCUUUCUCUCCCCUCCCAUGCAAAUUCAUCCGAAACCCACAACCAAAAAACAUCACCAUUUGAGUUCCUUGAACAUCUUAAGGGGUUCCAAAAUGGUGACAAGGUCCCAGGAAUCCAAGACCUCAAAAAAUACCUCGGAAGGUUUGGUUACUUAAGCAGCAACAAUAACCAAACCACUGAUGAUUUUGACGAUCAAUUGGCGUCGGCCAUCAAAACCUACCAACUCAAUUACAACCUCAAAACCACUGGAAUAUUGGACGCUCAAACAGUAUCCAAUAUGAUGAUGCCACGUUGUGGCGUCCCAGAUAUCAUCAAUGGUACCUCCUCUAUGCGAUCAGGCAAGCAAAGUCACCCUCCUCCGCACCACCAUCACAAGGGACACACAGUUGCUCAUUAUACUUUCUUCCCUGGAAAGCCAAAAUGGCCAGCCUCUAAGUACCACCUCACCUACGCUUUUCUUCGGGGCACCCCGACGGCGGCCAAGGGCCCAGUUGCACGUGCUUUUAAUACGUGGGCUGCCCACACACAGUUCAAGUUCAGCCAGGCUCGAAGGAAUCAGAAGCCGGAUCUGACCGUAAGUUUUCACCGGCGUAGCCAUGGAGAUGGGCAUCCAUUUGAUGGCCCAGGAGGGAUCCUAGCGCAUUCUUUCGCGCCGAAAGAUGGGAGAUUUCACUAUGACGCUGAUGAGAAGUGGUCUGUGGGCGUUGUGAGGGGUGCUUUUCACUUGGAGACUGUGGCUUUGCAUGAAAUUGGUCACCUCCUAGGGCUUGGCCAUAGCUCUGUUCGGAGAGCUAUUAUGUACCCGACUAUAAGCUCUGGAGAAACCAAAGGCUUGAACAGGGAUGAUAUUCAAGGAAUUAAAGCAUUAUACCACGCUUGAUAAUCAUCGGUUGUCUAUCUUAAGUAAUUACUAUGUUCAUCCAAAGUCAUCAACUUUUCUUUUUUCUUUUAAAAAAAAAAAAUCGAAUAAAGUACCUCACCUUGGGUGUACUCAGAUAUUGAAAACAAUAAACACAACUCAAAGUUGUACACCAGUAUAUAAAUAUAUAUGCUGGAAAUUAAUUGUUUGAUAUAAUAAUUUGUAUAAGAGUCCUCGACUCACCUUCGAUUUCAACUUUGGUAAUCUUUAGCCAGUGUGCCCAAAUUAUUUGAGUUUGUACUGUUUUAGUUAUAUUGCAUUAUCAAAGUUUUAAGAAAAAUAAAUAAACUAAUCUUAGUUGUUAUAA